AUGAAUAUAGCAAUUGUCUGUGCAGGAAUGCCUGUUAUUCCCUUGGUGGUGUAUUUUAUUAUGUCGAUGGCUGGAGUUUCGUCUCUCUUCAAAGUAAUAGUGCCCGAAGUGUUUGUAAUACUAUACGUUGUAUUUAUAGCCAUAAUUAUAGUAAAAAAAGCAGAAAAUGAAGAAAAAAUAAAGCAAAAACAAAGCUAG